AUGAAGGUGUUCGGGUGUGAUGCUUACGUUUACAUCCCUGACUCUAAACGGCGUAAGAUGCAGACCAGGUCUCAAAAGUUAACCUUUGUUGGGUACGCGUGUGGCUCAAAAGCAUACCGGUUCUUGGAUAAGCGUACCAACAAAAAUCAAAUUUAUAAGCCGAGACGCGAAAUUUCUGGAAGUCAGUUCAGCAGUUCAGGAGAAUUAUACCAACUCAAUGAAUCUAAUAAGCAGCUGAAAGUACAACAGUCAAAAAGGAAAGCAGACAUCGCUAAUCGAAUCGUGAAGCCAAGAGAUACAACAAUCAAACCGACUACGACAGUUGUUCUGGAGGAAGAUGACGACCAUAAAAUAGAAGAAGUUCAAAUUGAUUUCUCGUUCGAGAAAGAGAAAGCGGAUAGUAUCACCGAGGAUUCAGAGUUCGAAGGUUUCGAUGAAACGGUUUACUUUGACGAUGAGUGUUUUGGAAUGGAAGAAUUCUGA